AUGACAGAAAAUCCAAUUUUACACGUUUUGGUGGUUGGAUUCCAUCAUAAAAAAGGAUGUCAGGUAGAAUAUGCUUAUCCACCAUUUAUUGAAGACACCACUGGUGUUUCUGCUGAAUGUCCAGCUGCUUGGAAGCAUUUGCCGUAUUUAGCAUUACCCGAUGGAUCGCACAACUUUGAUGAAGACACUGCAUACUUUCAUCUACCUAGCCAACAAGAUCCAAAUGAAACAAUUUAUGGGAUUUCAUGUUACAGGCAAAUACCGUUAGAAAAAAUUAUUAACCGAACUCCUGAUAUGACAAGAAGUACAAUCCAAAAAUCAGUAUGUGUACUUAGUACAUUACCGUUAUAUGGGCAUAUUCAAGUUAAGAUGUCUCUAAUUACACAUGCAUAUUUUGAAGAGGGUGAUUUUAGUAAAAUAUCACUCUUACAUGACACGUAUCACCACCUCAAUGCCUGUUUGUCUAGUAUAGACAAUAUUAGCACCAGUCCUCAUCUUUUUGUUGGUCUAUCUGCAGUUGAACUUGUGACAAGGUUUAGACAUAAAGUGUUGUUGUUAUUUAAAUUAAUGUUGUUAGAAAACAAAGUACUAUUUUUCUACUCUCCUGUUCGUCCACUAUGUUCUACAAUAUUGACCUUACUAUCUCUUCACCCCGGACUUAUUGAAAAUGGGCUCAAUAAAUCUGCUAACAUUAACCCUAGUAAUGCUACCCAAGACUCAACUGAAAACAAAAAUGAAGUUAUUGUUUCAAAUAUAACUCCAGAAACAGAAGAUAAUGACCACAGUAUAGUUAGUCAAAAAUCAAAUGAAGUUGUUGAUGAAGACAUAGUUCCUAACAAUACAUUUGUUUCAAACAUUCCUAGAGAUCCUAGUAUUGAUUCGUUGGAUGAAGCUGCUAUGCAAUAUAAUAUGAUUGGUAUUGCCCAAAUCAAUUCUGAAGAUUGUGGAGUUCCUAUGUCUAUUUUUGAUAAUGGUAAUUUAUGUCAGCCAUAUUCUUGCCUAUCAUACAUGGAUAUUUUAACAGACCCUAGUGUUCGAGGAUAUGUAAUCGGGGCAUCAAAUAUAUUGUUCAAACAAAAGAAGAAUUUAGCUGAUGUAAUUGUUGAGAUUGAUGAAGGAAAAGUAGAAAUAGAAAAUAUUGAGCUAAAAAGACAUUUACAUUUAACUACAGAAGACCUACGUUUUGCUGAUUAUCUUGUUAGACAUGUCGUCCAACCAGAAAAAGAAGAUGUAUUUUUGGAUGGAGUUGGAUGGGAAGGUGGAGAUGAAUGGAUAAGAGCACAAUUUAAAGCUUAUUUGUUAUCAUUAUUAAGAACUUCACUAUUAAGUGAAGGAGCACCUGAAUUAAACCACUUUAAUCCAGCUUUCAUAUCCGCUUGGCAACAAACAAAAAAUUACCAAAUUUGGUUAAACCAAGAACACCAAGCAAUUAUGGCACUUGAACCUUGUCAUCCAUUUGCUGGUCAAUUGUCUGUAGCUGAUAUGAAACUAAGAAUAUCACACACAAUGCAGAGCAGUAGAAGUGGUCGAAAAUUAAACCAAGCGGUCCAAAAUACAAGUAGAGCAGUUGCGUCCACGGGUAAAGUUGUUGGAGGUGCUAUUUCCCAAGCUAGGGGUGCAGUAACCAAUUGGUGGAGUAACUUAACUACAACUCAAGAUCUUGAAGAUGAGAAAAAUACACCUGUUAUUCAGGAUGUUUAA